AUGUGGACGCGGUCUGGCCAUGUGCGGCACAGCGUGCACUGUGUGCGGCGUGUCUUCCCCGGUGCCACACGUCAGAUUGGGGCUAGAAAUGCCAGUCGCACGGCUGUGGUGCUGGACAUCGACGGCGUGGUGACGCGCGGCGCCACCGCCGUGCCCGGUGCUGCGGAGGCGUUGCGGAGGCUGCGGCAGCAGCAGAUACCCUUCGUCUUCAUGACCAACGGAGGUGGUGUCACUGAGAAAAAGAAAGCGGAAGAGCUUUGCUCUCUGCUGGGCGUUGAUGGCAUUGACGCUGAUCGCAUGCUCCUUUCCCAUACUCCGUUCCGACCUUUGGCAGAACGCUUCCGCGAGAAGCGCGUGCUCCUGGUGGGUUCCAAGGACACGGCGGAAGUGGCUGAGAGCUAUGGCUUUGAUGUGGGCAACAUGGCGGUCACCAGCAGUCAGAUCGUGAAGGCCUUGCCCGAGAUCUAUCCUUGGCCGGUGACACAUUGCACGCUGCCUCCCGUGGAUGUGAAUGCUGCUGACGCUCCGCCCAUCGAAGCGGUGCUCAUCUUCUAUUGGCCAAGUGACUGGGCCAUGGAGCUGCAGGCAGUGGUGGAUGACAUGCAGGUGGUGAGCGACGUCUUGGCGGGUGGCCGACCAUUGGGUGUCGGAACGACUGGGACGAAUGGGACGGGUGUCCAAUGUGCGGAGUUGUGGUCUUCAAAUCCCGACUUCCUGUGGCAGGCAGGCUAUCCGGUGCCACGUUUUGGCACCGGUGCCUUUGUGGAGUGUCUCCAGGCGCUGUGGAAACCCUUUGGCCGCAGCCCACUGGAGGUUCAGGAGUGCGGCAAACCCUAUGCUGUGCAAUUCCAAGCGGCACGGAAGCUUUUGUCGCAGCUGGCCCAGCAUGAUGACUUUGAGAGGAUCUACAUGAUUGGCGACAAUCCCGCUGCUGAUGUGCGCGGUGCCAACAGUGCUGGAGAUCCAUGGCGAUCCAUCCUCGUGUGCACAGGCGUUUAUCAGGGUGGCGUUGGAUCCAACGACAAAGAGGACCCGGCCUGGCGCGUGGAGGAAAAUUUGCCCGACGCGGUGGAGUCGAUUCUGAGGAUGUCCGGCUGAGUUGCCAAGUGUUUCGGAGCUAAGGUGGAAAGG